UCCUGAUCGUAGCGUUCAUGGCGCCCUUGCUGCAGACAGCAGACGCACCCCAACACGCUCCCGCUCUAAUCGUACCGAUAUAGCUGGAAGAUGAUAUGCUUUGUCCCCCAGUAUGUGCUGCUCACGGGACCUUGGGCUGCCCGGCGUAUAGCCUGCGGCGGAAGUACAUAGCCCACCCGCAUCCUGCCUCCUACCACGAUGACUGGUCCGGCGAGCGUAGGCAUCUUCUGGGACUUUGAGAAUUGUCGGUACUCAGCUGGACGAUCUGGCUACGAAAUCGCGAGGGCCAUUGAGCAGGUUGCUUUGGAAUAUGGCACGGUCUCCGACUUCAAUGCCUACCUGGACAUGCAGUUCUGCGCGCUACCCGCGACCAUGCGGUCCGAACUGCAGUCUAGCGGCGUAGCCCUCGUAGACUGCCCACACAACGGACAGAAAGACGUAGUAGACCAGAUGCUACAGACCGACAUGCUGGCCUACGCCCUCGACCAUCCCGCGCCUGCGACCUUAAUCCUCAUCUCGGGCGAUCGGGACUUUGCGUACACUGUUUCUGUACUGCGCCGCCGACGAUACGAGGUGGUACUACUGUGCCAUUCUCAGCCGGGCCCGCACAAGAGCCUAGCGUGGCAGGUGUCGGCGUGUUUAGAUUGGAACACGAGGGUGCUGGGCCUGCCCGAAGACCCGCAUCGGAGGGAAUGGUCGCGCUCCUCCUCAGCCACUAUCGUGUCUUCCACAACAUCCCAGGCAGACGACUCAUUCGCGAAGAGGGAUGACACGCCAUCGACACCUUCGGGUUCAUCCGUCUCCCUCAGCAGCUGGUCCUCUCCCCCGACCAGCCCCUCUAAUGAGUCCACCGACCUCGCCGACAAAUCCACCUCCGAGGAUAGCGACUCGCUCUGCACGUCACCUAACCCAAGGUGCGAGACAGCGACGUCGUCUGCUGCAGCCGCCGCAGAACGCACACCUACAAACUCGGCCGUCGUGCUAGCGAAGAAUGGGGCGCACGGCGUCUUCGAGCCGCUCAUACGACUACUCCAGGAGCAGAGUGACGCCGGUUUCUCCCAACCCAAUCGCGGCGUGAUUGGCUAUCGCCUGGCGCACCAUUUCCCUGGAGUGUAUGAGAAGGCGGGGGUGAAGAACUUCACCGAGUACGCCAUGCGCGCCUGCCAAGCGGGGCUUGUGACGCUCGGUGGUGCCGCGACAGGAGGAGGAGAGACGUGGAUCUCGUUGACGAAGAACUUCGACUCACCCUCGCCUUCACCAUCACCUUCACCAAGCCCGUUGCUCUUGUCGGCCCCAUCACCGGCAUCAGCCUCCUCAGCAUGGUCCGCCUUCCUUGCCGCUAACCCCUCUACGUCCUCUACCUCGACCUUCCGACCCGUCUCCGUCUUCAAUCCGCUCGUCCGCGUGUUGACCGCACUACGCGAGGUCGGCGAAACAAGACCGAGACGCUCGCUAGUCGGUAAUGCCCUUCUCGCCACUUGCCCGGACGCGUACGCGAAGGCCGGCGUGUCCCGUUUCAAGCAGUACGUCGACGCUGCCGAGCAGGCCGGUGUUGUGGUGCUUGGUGAUGAGGAUGGCGAUGCGUGGCUAGCGCUGCCGGCGGAGGGCGCGAAGCGGGUGACUUCAGCGGGAAUGCCUGCGCCGGCCGCGUCGACCAUUCUGAGCCGGAGCAAGCUCCCGUGUCCAAAGUUGGCUAUGGCCUACGUACCAGCGCGGGUCACCGGGGCGGAGAUGUCGACACCGGCCCCAUCGACCCCUUCGCCGAAACUGAAAGCAACGCCGUCUCCGCCUGUAUCAGGCUCAACCGGCGCCGGUCAGGUUCCCGCCUCCUACAAGCCGCUCAUGCGAGUGCUGCAGCAGCUGAAGGCAGACGACCAGGACAGACCUCUAUACUCCGUCGUAGGUGCCCUGCUGAAGGCAAAGGACCCCGAGGUAUAUAAGAAGGCAGGCGUCAGCGGUCUCGCGGCCUACGUUGCUGGGGCCAGUUCUGCGGGUCUAGUCAUCAUGGGCGGUACGAAGGGAGGCGUGCAAUGGGUGUCAAUCGCCAGUGUUAAAGCUACGCUGCCGGCUACCACCCAGUGGGCCUUUGGCACUGCGACGCCUGCGCCUGCGCCUUCGUUUUCGCCUGCGUCCACCUCAGCACCCUCGAUUCCCUCGACGGUCCCAGCCGAGUACAGGUUGCUCGUGCAGAUUCUGCAGGAGCAGAAACAGGUUGGGAAGCUCCGUCCGCUACGUUCAUACGUUGGGGAGCAGCUCCUCAAGCGCGACCCCAUGAUCUGCAAGCGCACGCAGGCUAGUAGCUCUGCAGAGUACAUGGCGCGCGCGGCCUCAGCAAGCCUCGUCACGCUCAGUGGGCCCAAUAAUGGAGCGGAGUGGAUCUCCUUGGGUAGCACGCCCUCCGCGAAGGCUCCUCCGCCCGCCGUUAAGCCGCCCUCGCCGACCAUCUUUGCUGUGCCUACACAGUUCCGCUUGCUUGUGCGCAUUCUGCACGAGUAUCGCGAGGCGGGGCAGCCAAGUCCUAAUCGCGGGCUCAUUGGGUCAGCGUUGGUCCAGCGCGACAAGGGCGUGUACAAGAAGGCGGGCGUCGAGAACUUCAGGGAGUACGUUGCGAGCGCGGAGAAGGCGGGGAUCGUGGUACUGGGUGGCGAUCCUGAUGGAGGGCACACCUGGAUCGCGUUGGAGAAGAAGUGGAAGAAAGUGAUGGUGGUUUGAGGGAAAUGUUUCGUGGGUUUAUUCUCUGCACAUACUACGUUUUAUACACGAGUUCCUUCUCCUACAUACUAUGUACCACUACCAACUUUGUCGCUCAUCGACUUCGAAUACACAGCUGACAUCCACAUCUUCCGACCGCCUCGUGUGCGGUGCCCGAUCGACCUACUCUUUUGGGCACAAUAGCAUUAUCAUUGAUAUCUUCACCUGGUCGAUUCAUCUUCCUCCUCUGAAUGUCAUGUUCAAUCUCCCAAAAUACUCGAAUAUAAUGCCGUGCUUGGGGCCAUUCGCCGAAGCAGAA